CACAACUCUCGUGCUCUGUGAUUGUGUUGCUGACGGUGAAGCCGUGAGGUUGUGUGGUGUGUCUGCUGCAGCCCUUGAAGCAUAUGCUGGCUCACGAGACUUUUUAACUACUACGUGAUAAAUUCAUAUAUGAGUGUUAUGCAUUGUGCAUGUAACCCAUAUCCUGCCUUAGUAAUACUGCUACUGACUGGGAAUUGUUAAUUUGUUGUCCACGUGUGAAAUAUUCCAACUGCAGUGCCUCCAGUCGAAAUAAAAUGUAUAGUACCUGGAGGAUAAUUGAAUCAAUCCUAUGAAUAAGUGAACUGUGCCGUCUACGCGACGAAAAAGUUGAAAAAUAUUAUGUGACUAUUAUUUCUUCCUCGUAACUGGAUUCACAGAGAAACUAAAUUGUGUUUGAUAAAUUUUCAUGAAUGCAAUCAUUCAUCAGCCCCACUAAAUAACUUUGUGAUGUGACCGAUUGCUUUCUUAUUUUCAAAAUGAUCUCAACUGUGGGCAUUCGUACUGAAUCGUGAGGCUGUUCUGUUUAGUAUUGUACAGGAUUGUCAGCCUUCUCUUCCGCCGUUGAUUCCUCAGUGCACAGAGGAAUCUACCCUCUCCUCGAGGCCAAGCUCUGUUCUCCCAACGUGUAUCCCUCAACCGCCACAAUUUCUACAUCAGCCGUGAACCCUCCACCACUACACACACUCACACAUUUCACUCACCCUCUACCACCGCUCAAUCCACUACCUCAAAGUCUCCAAAACAGCUUGCGUUCCAAUUUUUCUCUCCCCAUUACACCUCCUCUUAGUCACCUCACUCCUGACCAAUACGUCAAGCUGUUACCUCACCUGCCUCCACUUCCACCUCUCAAUCGUUACAACCCAGACACACAUCGUCCACGAUCGACACCUCAUCCUUCGAGAUCACCUUUCCGGGUUCCUCAAUCUCCUUCGCGACUAGCGCAAUCUCCUUCGCCGUUCCGUAAUUCUCAUCAUCUAGUCUACCGUACUCCCAACAUUACCACCAAACCCCAACCGACGAGUAUUGCCACUCAACAUUCCACACCCAACAACAGAAAGCAAACUGCCGAAGUGAAUCCAGAACUCAGCCCAUUGCUCGCUCUUGAGUCUUUGGCAUCUAUCAUGGUACAAAGUGUCAAACUGCCCACCUUUUGCUCGAGAAGCAUGCCGGAUGAAAUUCUCUCCUUGAAAUGGAACAAACACAACUCCACCUUCCUGGAGGUGCUUUCCAUCCUCAGGGAUCAGGAGGCCUUCGUAGACGUUACGCUCGCUUGCGGAGGAAAAAUCUUCCCAGCCCACAAGUUUAUACUAUCAACAUGCAGCGAUUACUUCAAACAAAUGUUCGCCGUGAAUCCAGACAAGCAUCCUAUCGUUUAUCUGAAGGAUGUGCCAGCCACAGAUCUCGAGGCAUUACUAGAUUUUAUGUAUCGAGGAGAAGUCGACGUAUCUCGCACCAACUUGGCGUCAUUGAUGAAUACAGCGGAAGGCUUACAAGUCAAAGGUCUAGCAAUUCCUGACGGUUCACAUUUGUUGAGAAGAGAAACGUUGUCUACACCUACUCCUCCAAGACCGCCUCCGGAACCUUCAAUCAGCCCACCUCCAAAAAGGAAACGGUACCAUGAGAACUACCUUCCCAUCUCUGCUCUCAAUAUGUUCUACAAUAACAUUCAUUCUUCGGCUCCCGAAACCAAUAGCCCCUAUGAUCUAUCUCAGAAAAAUUCUUCAUCAUCGUCCGUUUCCCAGUCCGAUAUUCCUUGCAGUGAUCGCUCUAGCUCACCUUCACCCUCUGAACACAAACCGUCUGUCACUCAAGUGCUCUUGGCUGCCCAACGUUCGUCUCCAUCGCAAGAUCCUCACCUUUCGUCUCAGUCUUGUAGGGCUCCCACACCGUCACCAGGAUACCAUAGUAAAGAAAACUCAAUGGAAGAUGAAUCUGGGACCGUUGCUUCUUCGUCACCCAGGACUCCCCUGCCGUCCUCGUCAUCUGGGGAGGGAAAUUCCAGCAAGGAUUCUCGUGAUGAUCGCCCGGUUGUUCCCGGUCCUUCUGGAGUACAAAGUUCAGGCAACAACAAUCACUCCGAUGACGAUGUGGUAGUGAAAGAAGAUGUCUCUGUUGACGACUACGAUUACUGCGACGACUACAGCACCGGUAACUGCGGGGACAGCGGUGGGGGAAGUGAUGGAGGCACUGGAGAUUUAGCUCCUACGGACUCCAUCCCACCUCCGUCGGAAUGUUCUGAAUCCAGCCUCCCACCCUCCUUUGACCCUGCUCUCGGUCAAGCGCUGCAACAUUCGCUACCUUUCCCUCACGCUGAGCAGCUCACCAACCUCACGUGCCCCAUCUGCACCAAGGAGUUCAAAGUACUGGGAUCCCUGAAGCGUCAUUACCGCAGUCAUAUAAAUUUCAAGCCUUAUGAGUGCGAGAUUUGUUACAAACGUUUCACACUCAAUCAGUACCUAAUUGAACAUCGACGCACACACACCGGAGAAAAGCCUUAUUCGUGUCAUGUAUGCGGAAAAAGUUUCGCCCAAACCGGCACGCUCUAUCAUCACGUACGGAACGUACAUCAAAUCAGCUGGACUGAGAAGCCCAACUGAAGAAGAUAAACCACCGCACGUGGCGGGUUACUCAAAUUCUACUCCUGCCGUGAUGUGUUUCAAUUGUAUAUUUCGAUCAUAUUUUGUCCUUGGCAGAAAUCGAAGUGUCUUGACAGUCUAAGUUGCCUUGAUUGUAUCAAGCUUUAUUUAUUGAACUGUAUGUUAAUCUAACCUAGUGUCACAAUAUGUCUCAACGUCGCUUUCGUAGGGCUAAACUAACAUAUGCAAAUAGUAAUAAUGUAUGGUCAAAUAUAAAGUUUUCUACAUGAACGUGUUUCUUGAUGGUCCCUUUCGUUCGAGGCAAUUGAGGCACAUGGGAGUGAUGCAGGUGACUCGUUCGAUAACGACUAAUGACUGACGCAUGAACGACUGUGACUGUUCCGCACAGAACGCACUAGGCUUUGCCUGAUCCAUUUGCUGAUUG